AUGUCUAGCAAGAAGAGUCGCUCGUCCAAAAAGGACUACAUCAUCACAAACAGUGGUACGAACAGCCGGGGAAACCACUACUGCCAUCGUGAGUCCAGCGAGGGUGCCGGGUACCAUUACUCCAACAAAGACGGGAGCUGGUACUAUCACAACCAAGAUGGCUCUCGCUACUUCGACGACGGGAAGGGGCAUGCGAAAUACACCGACCCGAGCGGCAAUGUCCACCUCAAGGGUAGCAGCGAAGGUGAUAUCUGA